UUAAACCUGGGUAAGCCAGACCUCGAUCACACGGAAGGGCUUUCACCAGCAGCCCCAGCAUACACACACACAUACACAUACAGACUCAGCUCCACUCCCCUCACACAUACAGCAAAGAGUGGAGGCAGCAGGCAGGAUUUCUGUGUCAUCAUCACCAGCACCAGCGAUUCACAAUGAGACUCUGUGUGAGCACCAAGGGAAGGACCAACACAGGUAGACAACUCCCUCAGACAACUCACUCAACAGGUCAAACUUAACCAACCUGACCUAUGACCUCUGCCCAGAAAAAUAGAUGCACUCCCACUAACCAUUUGAAACACAAAAACACAUGAGAGGGAGCGAACACAGCAGACAUGAAAAAGAUAUAUAUCGGCAAAACGGCCCUAAAAGUCUCCCGAAAUGGCAGUAAACAUCAGAAAAAGAGCUCUUUGCAGGAACAGAAAGAGGACCUCCGAAAGCGUCUGUCCUACACCACCCACAAGCUGGAGCUGCUAGAGAGCGAGUUUGACUCCACCCGACAGUACCUGGAGACAGAGCUACGCCGUGCCCAGGAGGAACUCGACAAGUUCACCGACAAACUACGCAGAAUACAAAGCAGCUACUCAGCACUGCAGAGGAUCAACCAGGACCUGGAGGAUAAGAUCCAUAGAAAUUCUCAGCACCAUGACAACGAGAAGAGAGCCCUGAGCAGAGAGAUCAUCGUGCUCAACAACCACCUGAUGGAGGCCAAGCUGACCAUUGAAAAACUACAAGAGGACAAUGACCUGUACAGGAAGGACUGUAACCUGGCAGCCCAGCUGCUCCAGUGCAACAAGUCCCAUUAUAGAACCCAGCUUUCUGAGUUGCCUGCUGAAUUCCAGGAACGAGUGACCAUGCACAUGGAUGGCUCACCUCUUUGCCACACCGUGUACGCUGACUCCGUCCCCGCCUCAGUCAUCGCCAAAGUAUUGGGGAAGCCCGACGAGGCCUGCAGCGGCAGCCAAGCUUCCAGUUCGCCUAGCCCCCAGCCCCAGGACCAAGGCUUCCUCCUGGACACCCUGGACAGAGACGAGCGCCUGGGCCUCCGGGCAGCAUACAAGUCAGACCUGUACAGCAGUGACACAGCCCUCUAUUGCCCGGUCGAUCAGAACCGUGAACGCAGGCCAAGCAUGGACGUCCACAGCCAGAGGAAGCUGCUCUAUGGCCCCCAGAUCUCCACGGACAGUAACCCAGAGGAGGGUACCUUGUUGGGGCUGAGGUCUGGCUUCUCCCAGGAGUGCUUCGCCAAGUUCCCCACCUCUCUGGGCCCCGCCUCAGGCAGCUCCUACUCCAGCUUCAGCGGAGGGGGCUCAGAUGACAACAAAGGCAAUGGCCCUCCCAGCAGCACAGCCUCCUCUCCUCACCACCACUCCCUCUACAUGGACUGGAGGGAUGGGGGAGACUAUGAGAGGAAGAGCGACUCCUCCUGGGAGAAGGACAGUCCCAGCGGUGGAGGCUUCGCCAAGGUCCACGCUGUCUUCCAGCAGGCCAGCGAUCAUGGUGGAGCACACCACCAGAACGGCAGCUCACCCGUCUACAGCCGCACCAUGUCCUCGUGCUUCAGCGAGCCCUACGAACCCCUCCCUCCCUCCUCCUCACCAAGCGUUGCCUACGGAGACAGCCGCCGUGGCAGCACGCUGGCACCAGAGGAGGAGGAGCCGAUUGGCCGCUGGAGACAGCUGAGCGCGGAGGAUCUAAACUCCCACUCGUACUGCUCGCCCGGUCGGGCCUCGCCCUACAGCUUCUCUGAGCAGCACUUCUCAGUUCGGCCCGCCAAGAUCCGCCUUGGACCCCUCUACAGCAGCUUCCAGGAGGGGCCCGACUACUACCAGGGAGGGGUAGGACCCAUCAUGGACCCCCCGGUGUGCUUCUCCACGCCCAGCCCCGAGUGCAGCCCUGUGGGGGGCCUCCGUCAGUCCCAUCAGUCCCACAACCAGCAGGCCCACCAGACCCAUCUCUACCGGGCCAAGGAGGACAGCCAGGAGUCGGAGCACAUCCUUUACCACUCAGGGAGCCCCGAAAACAGGGAGGGCAGCUUUGAUGUGGCGGGGGCCGGGGGAGGAGUUGGAGGAGCGGGACAGACCAAGGAGUACGUGGAUAUCAGCCCCAACAGCUCCAAUGAGUCCCUAAACCAGAGGUCCCUGGAGAUGGCUGCCGAACUGCAGCACUACCAGUCCGAGAUGCAGCCCCCUUCGCCCCCCCAGGGCAGUCCACCACCGCCCCCGCCACCACCUUGUCCCCCUCCACCGCAGUAUCACAAUAUUGGCACAUUGGGACUUUCGAGAAAGGACAGUCUCACCAAAGCCCAGCUGUAUGGAACACUUCUGAACUGAGAGAAGAAGGUAUUCUGACUUACUGGUCUCUCUCUUUUUAUCCAUCUCUUUCCCUGGUGGGAUGUGAGGUAAGAAGUCUUGGUGAAUCUAGCAAAACAUAUUGAUUAGUGUGAGGCUAGCCAGUUGUUCAGUUUAAGGACAUCCAUUCUGAAAGGACAGUUGGAAGAUACAGUAAUUAAGCAUGAAUUUAUCAGAUUGUUGCCACAGCUGUGAAAACGGACAAACUAGUGGUUCGCAUCACUACAAUGAAGGUGUAAGUUUGUCUGGGUCAGGUGAAUUGACAAUUCCUUACUGUGCCAAAUGAGUGGGGACUAUAGGAAAAUACUUAGCUACCUUUGGUACAUUUGGUACAUAAAAUAGUCUUUGGAGGUACCAGAGACCAGUUGUUCCAUGUGCUGUACACAAAGCACAGUGAGCUUGUAGACAAAGGAAACAUUUAAAGUAACUGUUGAAAUAUAUUAAUAUAUUUCAUUACAACAUCAAAAAUGUAAUAGAAAUUACUACAAUUCAAUCAGGUGUGGGCAACACAUUGUAAAUAUGUCUGGUUAAGAGCAUCUGCCAAUCAAAGAGAGAUACUUGGGGCUCUAUUCAAUCUUUAAAGAUUCCCCCAUAGAAAUGUAAAGGUGAAUUCCUAUUGACCCGACAUAUACAGCGUUUAGCGUGAAUGCAGCCUCCCUUAAAGAGAGAACAUUGCCUUUAAAUUUCAAUCACGCUUUAAAGCUGAACUUCCGCAAUGUGGAUUGAAUAGAGUCCUUAGAAUGUUGAAGAUUCAGAGGACUGUCUAAACUACAAUUAUAGAUUUGUUUAUUGUCAAUCACAGGCUGAAAACUGUGCUGCAUUUAUGCAGAGUAAAAUAUGUAUGACCAAUGGGGUAUCCUGGUAAAUGUUUGCAGUACUAUACAGUAAAGGUCCUGGGGAAUGGGUUAAAGUUGUAGAACUAUACCAUAAAGGGCCUGGGAAUGGGUUAACGUUGUAGAACUAUACAGUAAAGGUCCUGGAGAAUGGGUUAAAGUUGCAGCACUAUACAGUAAAGGUCCUGGAGAAUGGGUUAAAGUUGCAGCACUAUACAGUAAAGGGCCUGGGGAAUGGGUUAAAGUUGCAGCACUAUACAGUAAAGGGCCUGGGGAAUGGGUUAAAGUUGCAGCACUAUACAGUAAAGGUCCUAGGGAAUGGGUUAAAGUUGCAGCACUAUACAGUAAAGGUCCUAGGGAAUGGGUUAAAGUUGCAGCACUAUACAGUAAAGGUCCUAGGGAAUGGGUUAAAGUUGCAGCACUAUACAGUAAAGGUCCUAGGGAAUGGGUUAAAGUUGCAGCACUAUACAGUAAAGGUCCUGGAGAAUGGGUUAAAGUUGCAGCACUAUACAGUAAAGGUCCUGGAGAAUGGGUUAAAGUUGCAGCACUAUACAGUAAAGGUCCUAGGGAAUGGGUUAAAGUUGCAGCACUAUACUGUAUAGUGCUGCAAGUUUAACCCAUUCCCCAGGCCCUUUACUGUAUAGUGCUGCAACCUUAACCCAUUCCCCAGGCCCUGCAGCACUAUACAGUAAAGGUCCUAGGGUAUGGGCUAAAGUUGCAGCACUAUACAGUAAAGGGCCUGUGGAAUGGGUUAAAGGUGCAGCACUAUACAGUAAAGGGCCUGUGGAAUGGGUUGAAGUUGCAGCACUAUACAGUAAAGGGCCUGGGGAAUGGGUUAAAGGUGCAGCACUAUACAGUAAAGGGCCUGGGGAAUGGGUUAAAGGUGCAGCACUAUACUGUAAAGGUCCUGGGGAAUGGGUUAAAGUUGCAGCACUAUACUGUAAAGGUCCUGGGGAAUGGGUUAAGUUGCAGCACUGUACAGUAAAGGUCCUGGGGAAUGGGUUAAGUUGCAGCACUAUACAGUAAACGGCCUGGGGAAUGGGUUAAAGUUGCAGCACUAUACUGUAAAGGGCCUGGGGAAUGGGUUAAGGUUGCAGCACUAUACAGUAAAGGGCCUGGGGAAUGGGUUAAAGUUGCAGUAAUAGGUGUUUUUACAAAAAUAUAUAGAUGCCCCUAGGCUGAAUCCAUUUCAGUGCAGCUCUGUCCACUCAUUCAGUUUUUGCUUUGACAUGAUUUUAAAAUAUCCAGAGCACUUAAAGAGACCGUUCAAUGUAGGUAUUAUUUUGUUAACAAUAGACUUCUUUUGAGAUGUAAACAUUUGUCCUACCCGUUGAUACUAUUUUUUCUCUAUAACCUUUGGAUAAGUUUUCCUGUCCCACUCUACCUCAGAUUCUCAUUCUCACACCCCCCAUCAAGCAACUGCAUGCUUGUUACGAUCACAUCAUUAUGCAUGUUUCUAUAUUUCUGUUGUGUUUCCUUUAACCUAAUAAAGCACAAACUACGCAUUUUGAUG